CGUUUAAAGUUGAAACUUGAAACGCUGAGGUAGCGUACCAGAAUCAUCCGGAUCUCUGGUCUGGCAAACGCACACAAGAUCCCAAUCAUUUCCACAUGUCAGUCGCCAGUUGGCAUCCCCACCUCCGCUCUCAAUCACGUUUUCUCUCCCUGUCUCUCUCUCUAUACACUCCUAACAAACCACACAAUCACACACUGCACACACCACAAGCCUAGUCCUUACUUCCUUACUUCAACUCAAUCAAACAAGUGUAACUAGCAGCCAGCCAAUGUUGAGACUAAAAGGCGGAAGCCGGCCACCGUGGGUGGGGCUGGCCGCCGCGGUGUGGGUCCAGAUUGCGUCGGGAAACACCUUCACCUUCCCUCUCUACUCCCACUCUUUGAAAUCGGUCCUCUUGUUCGACCAGCGCCAAGUGACCCUCCUCGGCGUGGCCAACGACAUCGGCGAAAACCUCGGCCUCCUCCCCGGCCUCGCCUGCAACAAGUUCCCCCCGUGGCUCCUCCUCCUCGUCGGCUCCCUCGCCUCCUUCCUCGGCUACGGCCUCCUCUUCCUCGCCCUCUCCAACACCCUCCACUCCCUCCCCUACUUACUGCUAUGGUUCGGCCUCGUCGUCGCCGCCAACAGCAGCGCCUGGCUUACCACCGCGGUCCUCGUCACCAAUAUGAGAAACUUCCCCGCCAGCAGAGGCUCCGUCGCCGGAAUCCUCAAAGGCUACGGCGGACUCAGCGCCGCGGUUUUCACCGAAAUCUACAGCAUAGUCCUCCACAACUCCUCUUCCAGCUUCCUCCUCUUCCUCGCCGUCGGAAUCCCCGUUGUCUGCUUCACCAUGAUGUUCCUCGUCAGGCCCUGCACCCCUGCCACCGGCGACGACCCCCUCGAGCACUACCAUUUUCUGUUCAUCCAGGGCUCCAGCGUGGUCUUGGGGGUUUACCUGCUCGCCACCACGGUGAUCGGCAACAUCGCCUCGUUUGGCGGCGGCGUUUCGUAUGCUCUGGUGGCGGUGAUGGUUCUGCUUCUGAUGGUUCCGCUCGUUGUGCCGUUGAAGAUGACGCUGUUUCCGCGGAGGGAGUCGGGUUCUGAGUCCGAGGGGAAGGAUGAGAAUGCGGAGGCGCUGCUGGCGUCUUCUUCGGCGGGGACGCUCGGGAGUUUCUAUGAGGAGGAAUCGUCUGAGGCGGCGGAGCUUCUGGCGUUGGGUGAGGGCGCGGUGAAGCAGAAGAAGAGAAGGCCGAAGCGUGGGGAGGAUUUUAGGUUCAGUGAGGCUGUCGUUAAGGCGGAUUUUUGGCUUCUGUUUUUUGUCUUCUUUGUUGGCGUUGGCACUGGGGUUACUGUUCUCAAUAAUCUUGCGCAGAUUGGCAUUGCGCAAGGGGAGGAAGACACCACCACGCUGCUCUCCAUUUUCAGUUUUUGUAACUUUGUCGGCCGCCUUGGUGGAGGAGUUGUUUCCGAACAUUUUGUCAGGACAAAAACUAUCCCAAGGACAGUGUGGAUGACGUUCACACAGAUAAUUAUGCUGGUUGUAUACCUUAUGUUUGCCUAUGCUAUCAACGGAACCCUUUACCCUGCAAUUGCAUUUCUCGGUGUCUGCUAUGGUGUGCAAGUCUCCGUGAUGCUUCCAACUGUUUCCGAGCUUUUUGGUCUGAAGCACUUUGGCGUGUUGAGCAGCUUCAUGUCAUUGGGGAAUCCAAUUGGUGCGUUCCUCUUUUCAGCUCUGCUAGCAGGGAACAUAUAUGAUAAAGAGGCAGCGAAGCAGCAUGGUAUAGGCCUUCUUGCUUCUGGUGUUUCCUGCGUGGGUCCAAAUUGCUUCAAGCUUACGUUUUUCAUUCUUUCUGGGGUGUGUGCUGCGGGCAUCAUCUUGAGCGUUAUCCUCACUUUGAGAAUUAGGCCCGUUUACCAAAUGCUCUAUGCUGGAGGCUCUUUCAGGCUGCCUCAAACAUCUUCGAGUCACUAAAAGUUGUGAAGUUGAACAAUGAAUAAAAAUGAGCGCUACCUAGGUGUAUUCUAUAGUAUCUAUACCAGUUGUGGUGGUAUUUCCUUCUGCCAUUACUGCGAUGUAUGUGUUAUGUAGCUGGGUAUCAAUUAUGAAGUUCAAAAUUUUGGUAUCUCUCAUGGACGAUGCCUGUUUUUGCUUGCGUGUUAGGCUUAAAGAUUAUCACUAUAAUUAAGGAUAGAGGCCAAUUAAUGUACACUGACAGUCACAUGUAUGACGAUCAGUUACUGAGAUUUAUAUAUAUGUAUCAUUAUUACUUGGUCUAAUGUGGAAAUUUGGAAUUUGCUAUAAAUGAUUUGGGAUGUGUUUCUGCACCUAGUUGAA